AUGUGUGAAGGACAACUUUUAGUUUUCACCUGUCUGACGGUAGCAGUGGCCUUCGUUGGUUAUACCUCAGCCAGGUUGGCACCUGAUUUCAUUAAUCCCUGCAAUACUACGGAGUCCGCAUGUUUAAUUCAAGCUACCCAAAACGCCAUUCCUGACUUCUCAAAAGGACUGCCUGACCUCGGUGUUCCAUCGUUAGAUCCAUUUGUAAUAGACGAAUUACCAAUCCAACUUCCUGGAGUCAAAGUAACCUUUCUUGACGGUAAGGUUACAGGUCUACGGAAGUGUCAAGUGCUAAAUGUGGAAGCCUACCUUGAAAAAAAUGUAUUUAUAUUGGAAAUAAAAUGUAAUAUUACAAUAAAAGGGAAAUAUACAGCGGUCGGCAGAUUACUUCUAUUUCCUAUAAAUGGAGAAGGUGAUUCUAAAAUUAAAAUAGUUAACUCCGUCAUAAAAUUAAAUAUAAAGACAAAAUAUUUUAAAGAUUCCGAAGGCCGGGAUCAUUUUGGAAUUAAAAAUUAUAGAUAUACCUUUGAUUACGGAGAUAGAGUACAUUAUACUAUCAACAACUUAUUCAAAGGAAAUCCGGAAUUAAGUGAAACAGUACUACAAUUCCUUAAUGAAAACUGGAGAGUGGUGACUGAAGAAUUUGGACAACCGGUUGUGGAUUAUGCAAUGAACGUUACCAUUGAAACUGCUAAAAAAUUCUUUAACGCAGUACCUUAUGAUGAAUUACUUUAUGUACCUAUACCAAAGUAUUAA